UACCACUGAAAUCCUAUAAGAACUAUAGCCAUCUCAUUGUGAAAUCACAACAGUGUUUUGUUUGUUUGAAAUUUAAUUGCAAGGAAGGUUCUCAUGGCUUCCCCUUCUCCUACUCAAUUUUCUGCUGCUCUGGUUCUUCUAUGUCUUUUGGUUUUCUCAUUUUCCACGACUACAUCUUCAUCUAAAGUUGCAGUUGCUCCUCCUCAAGUAAAUGAGCAUACAAUCUCAAAAUCUUCAGUUGCUGCUUCUGUUGAAAAGGUGUCUUUAACAGUCUACUACAGUUCUGAAUCUGUUAGAUCUGCAAACUUCAUCGCCUACAACCUAAUGAAAAUUCUCGAAAACGGGCUCAUUGAUUUUGUUGAUCUUAAACUAGUUCCUUUCGGAAAAUCUCGUCUAUUGAAAAACGGAACAAUCCUCUGCGAGCGCGGCUCCAAAGAAUGUGAAUUGAACAGAUUGCAAGCAUGUGCCAUGAAUGUAAUUCCUGGUGCCUAUAAUUACUAUUACCCUUUCAUAUACUGCACGGAGGUGAUUGUUUCUGAAGGAAAGACUACCGAGGAUUGGUUACAAUGCUUAGAGGUCGGAAACCAGUACAAGGACAGUAUUUACAAAUGCUUCACCAAUGGAUUGGGUGAAAAACUUCAGUUGCACAAUGCGAAAGUGACUGCCUCCCUCAAUCCUCAUCUAGAAUUUGUUCCCUGGGUUACUGUGAACGACCUUCCUAUACGCCAUGAUACUCGAAACUUUAUUAGAUACGUCUGUAAAGCAUACAGAAGAGGUGCUGUUCCUUACGCGUGUAGGGGGGAAAUAAGGAGUUAAGGACCAAGUUCUGAUGAUAUUGCUUUGGUUUCUUCGAAAAAAAUUGUCUGAAAAAUAGUUGAAUGAAUUUGUUCUGAAAAAUUAGUUGAAUGAAAUGCAAGAAAUCUUGGAAUUA